AUGCCUGACGACUACACUAACAGUCAAGCUGCUGGCCAGAAUGGGGAGGCUGGCGGAGCUCAACCUGACAACGACAACCAGCAAGAGAACAAGCAGACACUCAGAAAGCUGCGCUCAAAGCCCAGUCUUGCCGCGCUCGGCCAAGGAAUCUCAAAUGUCUUUGCUGGCCUCUUCACUGCUGGUUCCUCGCCUAGUCCGCCUAGAGAGCGAGUUGCAAGCUUCGCUUACGAGGCGUACGGAGACGAUCAAGGAGCGCAGCGAGUCAAUGGUGGGAUACUGUUCCCAGACCACCCGAGAAAUGCUGUUAACCGACGACCAUCAGAACGACGCAAAUCGGGUUUCCUCGGCCGCCACUUCACGUUGAGCGGAAGGCGGUCUCGUGCUCCUCUCAAUGCGCAAGACAGUGCGUACUUUUCCCAUCCCCAGAACGUUCAACAGCAAGGCCCGGCUCCUCAGGAUGUUCCGCAGCCUGUGCCGAUGGAGAGAUCCCCGGCCCAGUCUGGCUGGCGGAGACUCAAGAGUCAUAUCAGCAUGCCAGCAAUCGGCUCUGCCAGGAAGCGCAAGCGUUCCGAGAAUGAUCUUGCACAGUAUAAAGAACCGGAAUCGAAGGGCAAGAGCAUCAAACUCAAAAGAGUCACUAUUGCCAACCCGCCUCGAUUCACGGCUCAAGACUAUGCGCGGUCUCUCGAGAAGAUCAGACCUCUUGCCGACCAAGCGGGUCCUUCCAACUGGCAGAAUGUGGAGGGCACUCAGACCGAUCAACACGCAGAGGUCUUCAGCAGUCAGCCUACGCUUGACAACGUCUACGAGCUCUACAGCGACAUUGCUCCGGAUCAGCGACAGAAUUACCGUGCUCUGACUACUCCCAGAGCUAUUCAUGUCAACGACGAGGCGCUCAAUGCACUCGAGGGCAAUGCUCCCCACGAUGAUGGUAGCCGAUGGAGGCUUGAUCGUGGCGACAGAGACAAUGAAAUUGCUCGGGGCCUUGAGAUUCUCUUAGGGGAGAAUGUUUCUCGUACUGAUUCCAUGGCGGUGUCGAUCGAAGAUGCGGAUGAGCCAGAGACGUUCGACCGUGAGCAGAAGCGGACGAUUAGCAGAUUCCUGAUGGAAGCCGAGAUCCCAGAUGGGUUUGAAGAUCAGAUGGAGGACUGA